CGACCUGGAGACGCUGUGACGAAGCUUGUUGGCAGAGAAAGACGAGGAAAAGGGCCUCGAAGUCCGCGUGAAAACUGCGUUAUUUUCGCGCAAAGGAGAGCCAGUCAUGGCUGGAUUUAACGAAGACGCGCUCAAGAAGAAGCUGGACGACCUCAACAUGUCCCAGCAGUCCAUCCAGACCGUGUCACUGUGGCUAAUUCACCACAAGAAACACGCUCACACUGUGGUCAAUGUCUGGUACCGAGAGCUCGUCACAGCCUCAGAUUCCCGCAAAUUGACGUUCAUGUACCUGGCCAACGAUGUGAUACAAAACAGCAAGAAGAAAGGACCCGAGUACAACAGGGAGUUUGGGAACAAGCUGGGGAAAGUUUUCGACCACUUGGGGGGUUUGCGGCUCGACGAGAAGUCCAUCAAGGGCCUGAACAGAUUGCUGACGGUGUGGGAGGAGAGAAGUGUAUUCGACAGCGACCAGGUCAAGCUCUACAAGAAAGAGUUGAAUAAAGGGCAAGGAAAGUUAAAGGAGAACAAGAAGGAUGAAGGGAGAAAAAGAGAACAUAGCGGAAACAGCACAUCACUUACAAAGAAGCAUCGACGAGACAGCAGGAGCGAACCCAUCAAAGCUACAACCCCAGAACCCCGCCAACGAAAGGACAGCGAAGGUGAAAUUGGCCAGUUUGUUGUCUCACCACAUGUGUCUUCACCCCCAAGCGACCCUCCUGAGCCUGAACAGCUGAUUGAGGCACUGCAGGAGCUUGAGAGUGCUGCCACCUCAGAUGCAGUUGUGAGGGAGAAGAUUGCUAAUCUCCCUGCAGAAGUCUCUGAUGUAAACCUACUUAACAAACUACAAGAUCUGGCUGCAGGUCGUGCACUCUGCCAGAAAGUUGAGGAAGCACUUUCCAUGUUAGAGGCCUACAAUAAGAGACUUGCAGAAGAGAUGGAAGCUCGCAAGGCUGUGGCCCGCAUGCUUCACGACUACAUUGCAUACCAGAAGGACCUCCUCGCACAAGCAGAAGAAACACUAGAAGAACAUCGUCAGAAGCAAGGGAAGGUAAAGAAGGUGAGAGAGGAGCUAAGAGCGCACCUUCAGAACCUUCCAGAUAUCUCAAAACUGCCAAAUAUUAGAACGGGGGGGCUGGCUCCUCUGCCUUCCGCGGGCGACCUCUUCACAUGAUCUCGUGGACUGUAGGGUUAUA